AUGGCGGCAGGCAUCGAGGGAAGCCCGUUGUUGGAGAAGCCGUUGGGCGCGUCGUCGUCCGGUCUCGUCAAGCUUGCGCCCGAGGGCAUGAAACCGCAAGCAGUCUUCCAUCUCAAGACCCUCUACCUCUUCACCAAGAGCGACAUCAAGACCGUCCUCGCGCCCCAGAUCAUCUUCAUCCUCUCGGCCGUCCUCUGCCGCGAGCCCCUCACGGCGGGCCACGGCCAGACGGCCCUCGAGAUCGCCCGGCGGCUACCCCUGGCCGUCUUCUGGAUCUGGCUCCACCUCGUCGUCUGCGGCAUCUCGAACCAGCGGCUCGAGAGCUCCAUCAUCGAAGACGAGCUCAACAAGCCCUGGCGCCCGCUCGCCGCGAAGCGCCUCACGGCGGGCCAGGCGCAGAGGCUGCUCCUGGCCGCGGUCCCGCUGGCCGUCGGCGUCAGCGCCGCGCUGGGGUGCGGGCUGCUGCCGACGCUGUCGAUGACGACGCUGCUGUGGAUGUACAACGACCUCGACGGCAGCAGCAUCGACAUCUGGGCGCGCAACGCCAUCAACACGGGCGGCAUCAUGUGCUUCAGCGCCGGCUCGCUCGCGGUCCUGAGCGGCGCGGCGCUGCUGCCGCGGUCGUGGGCCUGGAUCGCCGUCACGGGCGCCGCCAUCGCGACGACGGUGCAGGCGCUGGACUUCCCGGACAUGGAGGGGGACAGGGCGCGCGGGCGCAAGACGAUCCCGCUGCUGUACGGCGAGAAGGUCGCCCGCGGCGGGCUGGCCGUCGCGGUCUUGGUCUGGUCGGCCGCGUGUCCGAUGUUUUGGGGGCUGCGGCCUGUGUUCUGGGUUGCGCCCGUCGGCGUGGGGGGGUUGAUGGCGGCGUUGACGGUCCUGCGGCGGAACGAGAAGUCUGACGAUGUCGUGGCGAAGCUGUGGUGUCUGUGGAUGUCUGUCUUGUAUGUUCUACCUCUGUUGACUGCAUGGGAAGCGUGA